AUGAUUGAUGCUGGUUCUACAUUUGAUUUGACUGCCCCUCCUCAAUUUUUAUAGCCUAAAAUUAGUGUUAGCAAGCAACCUGAGUAGCCAAUCAAUAAGCCUUAAAAGGAUGUAAGAAAUGAAUAUAUAUCAGUUGCAACAAAAGACUCAAAACUCUAAUUCGAAACUACCUCAAUUGAGCAACAAUUAGAAUGCGACCAAAAAUGCUAACUAAAAGUAGACUCAAUAAGUGCAACAACAAUCCCCAAAGGCAAUUCAAAAAGCAAAAAAGAUAGAUUUGUUUAGAGAUGCAUUGUCAUAGGCGACAACAAAAUAUUUACGUAUGCUGUAUUUUCACCUUAGCUCCUGGGAAAAAGGAGAAGGACAAGACUCAAAAGCCUAAACCAUAAUAAGAAUUGCAAUAACAAUAGAUAGAGGAGAUCAAGAAGGAAUAUGAGGAUUUAGUGCAAAAUCAUUAUAAGGACUUAUAUGUUCAUGUGGCAAAUGAGCAAUAGAAGAGUUUACAGGACUUACAUAAUAAGAGAAUUGUAACUGCAUUGUAGGACUUGGAAUCUCGACCUAAAAUUCAGAAUGCUCUUGAGAAGAAGGAGGAAUAAAUCAAUAAACAAAGGUUGUACAAAGAUAGAUUAUUGUAUGAAAUCAAGCAAAUGAUCAUAAAGAGUAGAAGAUUGGAUGAAUUGCUGAACGAUUUAGUAUUGUAGAAUGAGGAUACAGUAAAAGAGACAAUAGAGGAGUUACUGGAGAAAGAAUAAAUCUAGGAAGAAAAAAUGGCUAAAUAAUCAUAUGAAAUCGCUAAGUUGAGAGACAUGUAUCUAAAAAGAAGUAUUUUCAAUUUGAUAACGAAGGGAAACUAUUAUUGGAAGUGUAAAAGUAAUGUCAAAUAACCUAUGAUGGAUUGAAAAUCAAAUAUCAAUAAUAUGAAGCAUCUUCUUAGAGUAUGAUGAGUAGAAAGAAGCAAUUAGAAUCUUUAUCAAAGAUUGUUGCAAAGUAUAGAAGUGAGUUUUAAACUUAACAGAACUUUUUUGGAGCCAGUUUAAGAGGGAGAUUCGAUCCAAUGUUGGAGGAGAUUUUGGAGGAUGAAUUAUCCAAAUGUGGCGAUGAAUAGGCCUUGGAGAUUGUGUAGUAGGGAGAAAAGAAAAUUAUUGCCAUUAAGGAGGAUAAUGAAAAGAGGAAGAGGGGAGAACAAAAAGAUAAAGCAAAAUUGGCUAUUGAGAAUGCGACUCAAAAUAUUAAUAAACAAAAAUAGGAUAUACAAUAGGAAUUAGAGAAAAAAGUAUUUGUUUAUCUUUUAAUUAGAAAUAAAUGUUCCAAAAAUUGAGAGUAGUUACUAGCAUUUCUAAUUAGGAAAUCAUGAAGAAAUAUAAAUUAAAUAUGGAUUUAGAUUAAAAGGAGUUAAAAAACAUUUAAGAAUACGUUGGAAAAGAGAUUGAAAGAUAUGAAAGAUAGAAUGAUGAAUUAAGGGCAGAAAUUAAAAAAUUGAAAUAUGAAUAAGAGAAUUCAAUCUUAGAUGCUCAAAUUAAUUUAGAUGAAUUAGAAAGAGAUGUAACUAAAUAAUAAGAUUUGUUUUCAGAAAAAGAAAAAUAAGUCAAAAAAGUUGAAAAAUCCAUAGAUGAAGUGACAAUGUCCUUAUCAAGAAUCAUGUAUCAAUUAAGUGGUAAAGGAAUGAAAGCAAAAAACAUCGAAAUCAAAAGGUCUGCUUUAGUAGCAACAGCUUCCACUAUUUAACUUCGUCUAGAAAGAAUGCUUACUGUGUUAUCUAAAACAUAAGAGUUUUUAAAUGAAGAAUCUAUCAAUACAAAUCCUAGAUAUAAUAAGGUUGAAGAUUUCAUAUGUUUGAAUCCAAAAGUAAUUUCUUUCAAUAAUUUAGAGUUAUAUAUCUCAAGAUAUCAAUGAAUAAGUAGAAGGUAACAUAAAGUUUGUGUAUAAAGAGGAAGAUAGCUCUGAUGAAGAUUGCAAAGAGAUGGAUGAAGUCAGAUAAUAAGUCAAGUUGAAAGCUUAAGAGGAUAAACCGUAAGUAGUUGUAGUACAAAAGAAAGAUAAAAAACCUAAUAAGUGA